AUGACAGGUCUUCGAGAAGAUGAUGUAGAAGUGAACAAUCGGAAAUAUCUUAAAAGUUUCCAACUUAACGGCCUUGACUUAACGGGAUUUACUUACAAAACAUCAACAACUUCUUCAAAGGUCGUGGUAGAGACAGCAGCUGUUGAAGCAACUCCAUUAAUAGUUCCAUUUACAAAAUAUUUUCCUUUGGUUUCUGAAAUCGGAAACGCUUUUAAUGAAAUCUUUGAAAUUGUACAAUAUCCGGAAGAUAUCCUUAGAGGAGAAGUUGGGAAAGAAUUUGGAGAGGAGAUUUCCUCGAUGAAUAAUCCUACUGAUUUGAUCUUGAUUUUCAGAUGA